CUGAGCAUUUAAGGACUAAGGCAGUUACUUGAAGUGUUGUCCAAGAACUCCAAAGGUGCCUGAGACUUUCUCAGGGGUUUCACAAGGUCCUCCUUCUUCCAAUGAUAUGUGUGAUACUGGAUUUUCUAUAUAUACUUCAGCCAGUACAUGUUGUGACAGAAUGAAUGUAGAUCAUAUAUGAGAAUCCAGCUGUGUUUUAUUAAACAGAGAUUUUCGAAAAAGCAGGAAAACAAUGCCACUUUUCUCAUAACAUGUUUUUAAAAAAUACAUCAUAGCUCUUUUAAAAUAAAAAAAUAAGGUAGUAUGUUAUUGUUAUUUUAUUAUGAAUAUAAUAUUUUUAAAAUUCUGUUUACAUUUUUAACACUGUAAAUAUCAAGAGAUGUAGCCUACAUACACACGCUUCUCAGUAAUUUUCAAGAGUUUAAAGAGAUUCUGAGACCAAAAACAUUUUAAAAAUACUGGAGUAAGGCAAUCCCAGAACUAUUGAAUUAUUGCCACUCCCAUUUUCCACUACUAGUUUCUCUUUCUUGCCAACUUACAUAUGAAUGCUCCUUAGCCAAAAAUAUUUGAGAGCAGGAGAAUUGAAAUUUUACUUUUAAAAAUGCAAUUUUCUUUUUAGUAUAUUUUAAAAUUAAAAAUAGAUCCUUGGGACUUCGGGUUGAGAUUUUAGCAUAUUGAUGUUUCUUAUAAUUGAAAUAUGGUCAGGAAGUACCAGAACAUUCCCCUUUCCACGUUCUUUUUUACUUUCCUUUUGGGGGUGCUGUUUUUAAUAGCUGAGUUUACUGGUCAGGAUAAGCACUGCAGACCCUGAACAAAAUGGCAACGAUUGUACAAUGGUAGAUGGAGUGAUGAUUCUUCCUGUGCUUAUCAUGAUUGCUCUCCCCUCCCCUAGUAUGGAAGAUGAGAAGCCCAAGGUCAACCCCAAACUCUACAUGUGUGUGUGUGAAGGUCUCUCCUGCGGUAAUGAGGACCACUGUGAAGGCCAGCAGUGCUUUUCCUCACUGAGCAUCAACGAUGGCUUCCACGUCUACCAGAAAGGCUGCUUCCAGGUUUAUGAGCAGGGAAAGAUGACCUGUAAGACCCCGCCGUCCCCUGGCCAAGCCGUGGAGUGCUGCCAAGGGGACUGGUGUAACAGGAACAUCACAGCCCAGCUGCCCACUAAAGGAAAAUCCUUCCCUGGAACACAGAAUUUCCACUUGGAGGUUGGCCUCAUUAUUCUCUCUGUAGUGUUCGCAGUAUGUCUUUUAGCCUGCCUGCUGGGAGUUGCUCUCCGAAAAUUUAAAAGGCGCAACCAAGAACGCCUCAAUCCCCGAGAUGUGGAGUAUGGCACUAUCGAAGGGCUCAUCACCACCAAUGUUGGAGACAGCACUUUAGCAGAUUUAUUGGAUCAUUCGUGUACAUCAGGAAGUGGCUCUGGUCUUCCUUUUCUGGUACAAAGAACAGUGGCUCGCCAGAUUACACUGUUGGAGUGUGUUGGGAAAGGCAGGUAUGGUGAGGUGUGGAGGGGAAGCUGGCAAGGGGAGAAUGUUGCCGUGAAGAUCUUCUCCUCCCGUGAUGAGAAGUCAUGGUUCAGGGAAACGGAAUUGUACAACACUGUGAUGCUGAGGCAUGAAAAUAUCUUAGGUUUCAUUGCUUCAGACAUGACAUCAAGACACUCCAGUACCCAGCUGUGGUUAAUUACACAUUAUCAUGAAAUGGGAUCGUUGUACGACUAUCUUCAGCUUACUACUCUGGAUACAGUUAGCUGCCUUCGAAUAGUGCUGUCCAUAGCUAGUGGUCUUGCACAUUUGCACAUAGAGAUAUUUGGGACCCAAGGGAAACCAGCCAUUGCCCAUCGAGAUUUAAAGAGCAAAAAUAUUCUGGUUAAGAAGAAUGGACAGUGUUGCAUAGCAGAUUUGGGCCUGGCAGUCAUGCAUUCCCAGAGCACCAAUCAGCUUGAUGUGGGGAACAAUCCCCGUGUGGGCACCAAGCGCUACAUGGCCCCCGAAGUUCUAGAUGAAACCAUCCAGGUGGAUUGUUUCGAUUCUUAUAAAAGGGUCGAUAUUUGGGCCUUUGGACUUGUUUUGUGGGAAGUGGCCAGGCGGAUGGUGAGCAAUGGUAUAGUGGAGGAUUACAAGCCACCGUUCUACGAUGUGGUUCCCAAUGACCCAAGUUUUGAAGAUAUGAGGAAGGUAGUCUGUGUGGAUCAACAAAGGCCAAACAUACCCAACAGAUGGUUCUCAGACCCGACAUUAACCUCUCUGGCCAAGCUAAUGAAAGAAUGCUGGUAUCAAAAUCCAUCCGCAAGACUCACAGCACUGCGUAUCAAAAAGACUUUGACCAAAAUUGAUAAUUCUCUCGACAAAUUGAAAACUGACUGUUGACAUUUUCAUAGUGUCAAGAAGGAAGAUUUGACGUUGUUGUCAUUGUCCAGCUGGGACCUAAUGCUGGCCUGACUGGUUGUCAGAACGGAAUCCAUCUGUCUCCCUCCCCAAAUGGCUGCUCUGACAAGGCAGACGUCGUACCCAGCCAUGUGUUGGGGAGACAUCAAAACCACCCUAACCUCGCUCGAUGACUGUGAACUGGGCAUUUCACGAACUGUUCACACUGCAGAGACUAAUGUUGGACAGACACUGUUGCAAAGGUAGGGACUGGAGGAACACAGAGAAAUCCUAAAAGAGAUCUGGGCAUUAAGUCAGUGGCUUUGCAUAGCUUUCACAAGUCUCCUAGACACUCCCCACGGGAAACUCAAGGAGGUGGUGAAUUUUUAAUCAGCAAUAUUGCCUGUGCUUCUCUUCUUUAUUGCACUAGGAAUUCUUUGCAUUCCUUACUUGCACUGUUACUCUUAAUUUUAAAGACCCAAUUUGCCAGAAUGUUGGCUGCGUACUCCACUGGUCUGUCUUUGGAUAAUAGGAAUUCAAUUUGGCAAAACAAAAUGUAAUGUCAGACUUUGCUGCAUUUUACACAUGUGCUGAUGUUUACAAUGAUGCCGAACAUUAGGAAUUGUUUAUACACAACUUUGCAAAUUAUUUAUUACUUGUGCACUUGGUAGUUUUUACAAAACUGCUUCGUGCAUAUGUUAAAGCUUAUUUUUAUGUGGUCUUAUGAUUUUAUUACAGAAAUGUUUUUAACACUAUACUCUAAAAUGGACAUUUUCUUUUAUUAUCAGUUAAAUUCACAUUUUAAGUGCUUCACAUUUGUAUGUGUGUAGACUGUAACUUUUUUUCAGUUCAUAUGCAGAACGUAUACCACGUAUAUGCACCACGUGACACCACCGAAUAUAUUACUGAUUUAGAAGCAAAGAUUUCAGUAGAAUUUUAGUCCUGAACGCUACGGGGAAAAUGCAUUUUCUUCAGAAUUAUCCAUUACGUGCAUUUAAACUCUGCCAGAAAAAAAUAACUAUUUUGUUUUAAUCUACUUUUUGUAUUUAGUAGUUAUUUGUAUAAAUUAAAUAAACUGUUUUCAAGUCAAA